AUGAUGAUGAAAGUUGGAUAUUUGUGGAUUUCGAUCAUUGCUGCUUCUUUGGCAUUGACAGCAAAUGGUGGUGCUACAGAUUACACAGCAAUGUACGUAUUUGGAGAUUCACUAUUGGAUGCAGGAAACAACAAAUAUUUCAUUGACAGUAUAGCAAAAGCCGACUUCCUGCCUUAUGGUAUAGAUUUUAGUGGAGGGCCCACUGGUAGACUCUGCAAUGGCAAAAUCCUCGUUGACUUCAUUGCGGAGAUGGUGGGACUUCCUCUUCUUCCAUCAUAUGCAGAUGUUAUUGCCAAAGGAGAAAACAUUCUAUUUGGAGUAAAUUAUGCCUCAGCAGGUGCAGGAAUUCUUCGGGACACAGGAUAUCUAUUUGGGCGCGUUAUCCCUUUCGAAGAACAGAUUAACAACUUGAGGAAAACGGUGGAUGAGCUAAGAGGGCAACUGCAUGAGAAUGAAGUGAGCAAGUAUUUGGCAAAUGCAUUGGUUUUUGUGGAUAUUGGAACAAAUGACUACCUCAACAACUACUUGCUACCUACAUACUACCCAAGCAGCCACAUGUACAAUCUUGAGCAAUUUGCUGAUCUCCUUAUAUCCCUCUAUACAAAGCAUAUAUUGGAAAUUCAAGGUUUAGGGCUGAGGAAGUUCUUGAUAUUAGAGGCCUCACCUAUAGGUUGCUUACCUAUUUUAAUUCACAACAUGAAGUGUAGCGCCACAUUAAAUCAGGUGGUAGCAAUGUUCAAUACGCGCCUGAAAUCUGUUGUGCAUGACUUCAAGUCGAACUACCCUGGAUCUGCAUUCACUUACGUCCCAUCGUCUCAACUGUUUCAAAGCUUGUUCGACAAUGCUGAGGCCUACGGGUUCAAGGUGAAGGACAAAGCAUGUUGUGGGGGCAGUGCUGGUUCAAAAGGAACAAAGCCUGUAAAUACAGUACCAUGUCUAAAUAGAAAUGAGUACUUGUUCUGGGAUUUUGCUCACCCUACUGAGGCUGGCAACCGAAUUCUUGCUGCCCUCAUUCACAACGCUACCUCCUUUUAAAAAUUUGAGUGGUCAAUCGAAAUAAAAUGUUACUACUACAAAAUAAGGCUCAAAUGAAUGAGGUUGAAAUCUAUUUAUUAUUACAAGGCUUUUGUGUUGAAUAAGGUUAAUUGGUUAAGACUUUAGUUAUGUUUUUGUUAGAUGGAGCUGAGACUGAAUGCGUUGGGUCCAUCGUACGUGUUUAUGCUGAUGUAGUGCAUACCUGUUAAUGUGUAUUAUAGAGCUUGUAUAUCAAUAAUACUACCCCGUCUUCGAAA